AGGAGGGUCAGCCGCGGCGGCAGGGGCGGCGGCGGCAGCGGCGCAGCUCCGUUCCCUGCGCGUCUCCCGUCCCCGCGUCCGGACAGGGCGCGCAGCCCCGCCACCGGGAUGCGGCCGCCUGCCCGCCGCGGCCGCCGCCUGGCGCUCCCGGCACUGCUCUCGCUGCUCACCUGCUCCCUGGCUUUUGCUUUGGUUUCUAAAGAUGUGAAGAAGGAAGUCAAACAGUCUAAGAAUUUGGAGAAAAGUGGUAUAUCAGAGAAAAAUGACAUAGAUUUAAAAGGAAUUGCAUUUGUCAUCCAGAGUCAAAGUAAUUCUUUUCAUGCAAAGAAAGCAGAACAGUUAAAACAAAGCAUCUUAAAGCAAGCUGCAGAUCUUACACAGGAAGUCCCCAGAGUCCUCCUCCUUCACCAGCUGGCUCAGCAGGAAGGCGCGUGGACCAUACUUCCGUUGUUACCGCACUUUUCUGUAACAUAUAGCAGAAAUUCAUCAUGGAUUUUCUUCUGUGAAGAAGAGACAAGAAUACAAAUUCCACAACUCUUAGAAGCACUCAGAAGAUAUGACCCAUCAAAGGAAUGGUUUCUAGGAAAAGCAUUACAUGAUGAAGAAUCCACAAUAAUUCACCAUUAUGCCUUUUCCGAAAAUCCUACAGUUUUUAAAUAUCCAGACUUUGCUGCUGGCUGGGCCCUUAGUAUUCCACUGGUAAACAAGCUUACCAAGAGAUUAAAGAGCGAGUCCCUGAAAUCCGACUUUACAAUAGAUUUAAAACAUGAGAUCGCUCUCUACAUCUGGGACAGAGGUGAUGGACCGCCCCUCACUCCUGUGCCUGAGUUUUGUACAGACGGUGUGGACUCUUCCUGUGCCACCACAUUUCAUUCUUUUCUACCGCUUUGUGGAAAUCCAGUGAAGAAGAAGGAUAUUUUUGUUGCAGUAAAGACAUGCAAGAAAUUUCAUGGUGACAGAAUCCCCAUCGUAAAGCAGACUUGGGCGGGGCAGGCAGGUCACAUCGAAUACUACAGCGAUUACGCAGACAGUUCCAUUCCAACGGUGGAUCUGGGAAUUCCUAAUACAGAGAGAGGUCAUUGUGGAAAGACAUUUGCCAUCUUGGAAAGAUUUCUGAAUCACAGCUAUGACAAAAUAGCAUGGUUAGUCAUUGUGGAUGAUGACACAUUAAUAAGCAUCUCCAGGCUCCAGCACCUACUGAGCUGUUACGAUGCCAGUGAACCCGUGUUUCUGGGAGAGCGUUACGGCUACGGCCUGGGCACCGGCGGCUACAGCUACGUCACAGGAGGAGGAGGGAUGGUCUUCAGCAGAGAGGCAAUCAGGAGACUUCUCGCCAGCAAGUGUCGCUGCUACAGCAAUGACGCUCCUGAUGAUAUGGUCCUGGGGAUGUGCUUUAGUGGGUUAGGAAUCCCUGUGACACACAGCCCUCUCUUCCAUCAGAUUCCAGAAGUGAUUAAUUGCCUCUCAGGAGUCAUCUCUGCAAGUGAAGAGCUGGAUUAUUAAGCAUUAGAAUGUGCUAAUCAUUUCUGAUAAAUGAGGUCAUGAAAAGACAAGACAAAACUAGAAGAGUAAAAUGCAUCCAAAGAGGCAUCUGUGAUGCUGAGAAGUCUGUAAUCAACCUCUGCGCCCAAAAUGCCAAAAGGAAAUCCCAGACAGGCAGGGUCAGUGUGAGCAAGGAGGACUUAGGAGCAGAGGCGGAGCAGGGUGGGAAGCUGUACACGCAGAAAGAGAGCUGGCUUAACCUGCAUGAGAGGGACAGAAAUUGGGCAAAAUGUCAACCUUCUUAUCUGUAAAGAUUAUAGCACACUGAACAGUGUAACAAAUGGAGACUGAUUGUAUUUUAGACACACUUUUUUUUUUUUUACAGCUGUACUGAGGUAUGAUUUAUAUACCAUACACAAUUCACACACAGUAAUGGUGUGAAUGGUACCUUGAAAAUUUUUAGCAAAUUUCCAGAGCUAGGCAACCGCAAACCCGGUUUUAAAACACUAGGAUCAUGCCCCCCAAAUUCCCUUGCGUGAAUCUGCAUUCAUUCCCCACCGCCAUUCGCAGACCCAGGACACCACUGAUUUGCUUUGUCUCCGUAGUGUUUCCUUUUCUAGGCUUUCCCUACUCUGAAAGACAUGCCUAAUUCCAAGUUACAGCAGCGGACAGGCAGUGGGAAUGCCCAAAAUUCCUUGCCCCACCUUGCCACACAACCAUGUAUGGCCAAAGUUUCUUUAGUUUCUUUAGACCUGGGAAAUAAGUUUUUCUGCCUCUUUGCAGAAGUCAUAAUAGUAACUUAAAUGACUUACCAAGGAGAACUUUUCAUAGUUAUUACCACAGUUGAGGAAUAUCCCAGAGGCAUGACUGUGGAACCUAGAAGCAAAAAGCGAUGCAUUUGGGAUACGAAAGUAAUUGGGGAUGCAGAAGCAAAGAGCCUACACUUAGAGGGAAGAUUUUAGUGGAAAAGAUUUUCCUUCUUGCUUUUAGAUUCCCAUAACCAACAUCAGAUAUUGAAGGAGAGCAAUCGUUUCAUGCAUUUAAAUGCUAUUCUGAAGCAAAAUUGUUUUCGAUGAGUGAGAGAGCGGGAUUCUCUGUUCU